AUGUCGCGCGGCCAGGACGAGGAGAUCGGCGACGAGUUCUGCGCGGCUGUGUCGGUGUACCCGCUCAUCCAUGAGAUCCGGGUCGACAUUGUCGCGCACAUCGACACGCCGCUCACGUACGACCAACUCGUCGCGCCCGACUCGACGUACACCAUUAUCAGACCACUGUGUGAGAAGUACCUGGCCCUCCGCAAUCCCAGUGUCGUCUUCUGCCUCCUCUUGAACAAGGUCCAGUUCAUGACGGACUCGAAUCAGAUCACGAUUGCAACGCUGAGCAUUGCCCGCGCCAAACUGUGCGAGAUCCUCGCUGUGCGCGUGCUACGCGGGUGGAGUGAAAGGUCACUUGCGCUCGCGACGGUGCUACUUACCCCAUGGCCGCUGUUCCGCGGAGCCCCUGAGGAUGUGAUCCGCGGGGCUAAAGAGGACGGCGACGAGGAGGUGCUGGAUGACACAGGGACAGCACUCGAGAUGGCAAUUAUCUCGCAGAGCAAGGCGUUUAUCCGCUCACCGUCGUGCCAGAAGGUCAUUGAGGGCAUCUGGUCUGGCAAGAUCGUUUACACGUCGCUCAACACACACGCACUCAUCCAAGACAACUACAAGAAGCGUCCGAUCCAGAUCUACAAUCCCCAUAAGGCACCCUUCCUUGAUCACUACCGUCUCAAGGUGCCCAAAUAUCGCGCAAUCCUCGAGUAUGCCAACUUUGUCAUACUCUUCGUCCUCUACUGCCUCACUAUUGAGAGGCUCGACCCUGGAUACAUGAAUGUUUACGAGAGAGUGUUCAUCGUGUAUGCUCUCGCGUUCUCUUUGGAUAAACUCGCGACCAUCCGCGAGCAUGGGUUGAAGGUUUUCGCCAGUUCCAUGGUCAACGGAUUCGACUUGGGAUUCGUAUUCAUCUUCAUGAUCUACCUCGGUGCGCGUGUACUCGGGACAGUAUGGCACAACCAAAACGCGUUAGAGUUCGGCACAGACUUGCUGGCAAUUGGUGCCGUGCUCAUGUUCCCCCGUCUAGUGUUCAUGACACUAGCGAAUAACCUCAUGGUCCUUAGCAUCCGCUCCAUGUUAACUGAGUUCUUCUUCCUUAUGAGCGUCGGAAUCUUCUGCUUUUUAGGAUUCGUGUACGCGCUCCGCACCCUCAACCAGUCCGUCGGCCUGAACUUGAUCUGCUGGUGGCUGCUUGAAGUCUUCUUCGGCCUCGACGCUACGGGCUUCGAGCAAGCGCACAUGUUUCACCCCUACCUGGGCCCGAUUCUAAUGGCGACGUACGGCUUUCUGUCGAACACCCUCCUGACGGUCGUGUGUGUCGCCGUUCUCGGAAACACCUUCUCUGCCAUCAACGCAGACGCUUCGGCCGAAUCCAUGUUCCGCAAGGCUGUCGCCACGAUCGAGGGCGUCAAAGCUGACAUGGUGUUCAGCUACCAACUCCCAUUCAACCUGCUUGCCCUGGCCGUCCUUUAUCCCCUCAGCUUUAUUCUCAGCCCUCGCUGGUUUCACAAGGUCAACGUCUUUAUGAUCCGUCUCACCAACCUUCCGGUUCUCCUCGCCAUUGCAUUCUAUGAUCGACAAAAGUUCAACCACCAUCCAUCAUGGUGGGAGCAGCUCCGCGACUUCACGGACCGGUACCUCGGGCGGCUGACGAUAGCCACCGAGGGCCUGGUCGGAGCUCGGAUGGACAUUUCUGCCGUGUUCGAGCUUGAGCGCGAGUACGGCGACGUCUACAAGAGCUGGGAGCUCGACGACGACGUCUUUGAUGACGACGAAGAUGGUGACGAGUGCGAUGAGGAGGAGACCGUUGCCCUCGACGCCGGCCUCGUCGCAGGCAAUGGUGGUACCAUCGCGCUGUCACCGCUUGAGGAUACGUUCCCGUCUAUUGCAGGACUUCCCGUCCAUCACCAGCGCCAUCCCAGCCAGAGCGCGUCCCAUAUCCCUAAUAUCCCGCGCCACGAGAGACGCCGGUCCUUUGGUGGUCCACAGCUAUCGCAAUCGAUGUCGACGGCUCCGCUGCCACGCGUUCGCCGUAACAGUGGCGUCUUGAAUGGUCCCAGCCCUUUGGCGCGCAUCUACACUCGCGAUGACGGACCUGUGCGGCGCUCGACUAUGGCAGUCGGUUCGCUUCCUGUUACAUCGACAUUGGCGAACUUCUCGUCGUCUCCUCGUCGCUCCAGGGCUUCCGCUUCUAACGAAACGAAGGACAGCUCUGCGUCCAACGCGUCGGGGCUGUCAAGGAGCCUAAGCACUAGCUCACCGAACAGCAACGACGGUCGUCCAUGGAAGACUUCCUUCCAGCGUCCUGGUGUGGCUCCGAUUGCAGAGGUGGCCACCCCCGUGCCGACGCCAAAACGGAGUGACUCCCCCCCAAGGCCUGAACUGGGACGGGGAGGCGCAAGAGUUCCAUUCGCAGAGAGCAGUGACGAUGACGAAGGCAAGCGCAAAAGCCGCACUACUCAAAUCAAGUUUGGUGACCUUCCGUCCGCAAACGAACUGCGCAGAACUUCCAUGCAAAGUCCACCGUCGAAUCAGCACGCCGAACUUGCCGAGCCUGAGGCCAAACCAGCAACUCUUACGCCACGUUCGCCACGUUCGCCUGAAGCCAGACGAGGUGCGACUGUUGAUGACGAACUGGUGUCACCUAGAUCCACAUCUCCUAUGACGGAGACGUCCAAGAGCAGCACUCCAGCCGCGAAGACGCCAUCUACGAAGAGCGCAGCAGCAGCAGGGGCCUCUACUACGAGCAGCCCCGCGCCGGACGCGACAGCGGAGGAAGCGAAGAGCAGCGCGAGUGGUAGCAAGACAGCUCCUGUACCUGCAACUGCACCUGCCCCUCCAUCACCUACCUCCUCUCUGGCCCUGAUACCGUUCCCCAAAAAGGUGGUGCGCCCUCCGGGCCCCGGUACAGCGCGGGGAGGUUCCACCUCUCAGUCGUCUCCUGCGGUUCCCCGUGCGAGUGGCACAGCCGCAUCGCGGGUCCUGCCUCAACCGUCACCGCACCUCAAGGCGCAAGCUCCUAGCAGCAACAAGCAGCCCAAAACGGCGUCUGAGCUCCUGGAGAGCAUGGAGUCGCACAUGACCUCGCACAACGAGCACCGGAUGGACACACGGUCUGUUGAAGCGCAACUCGCUGCGGUCGAGGCGCGGCAGCAGCGUAUCGAGGACCUUCUCGAGCGCCUACUGCAUUGUACCGAGUCUGAACGUGGAAUGGACAUCACCCCUCGCCGGCGUGGGAACCAGAACCAUGACACUUUCGAUGACGAGAUCUGA